AUGCCGGGCUGGUAUGACUGCGACUGCCAGGGCCGUGACAACUGCCACUGCCCCAGCACCGACCCACCUGGCGGCCUCUCUCUGGAAGACACCCCACAGUUCAUCCUGUUCACCCACGACGAUGCCAUUGAAUGGGACACCGACAAGUACAUGAGGGACGUGUGCGACGGCCGGUACAAUCCCAACGGAUGCCCCGCGGUCGCCACCAUGUUCACCAUGUCGAGAGGCAGCGACUGCGAACUGGCAUACGAUCUGUGGAAAGACGGGUAUGAGAUUGCUGACCACACCAUCAACCACAUAGCGAUGCCCAGGAACAGCCUGGACCGGGAUGAAACGGAGGAGGAAAUCAUGGGGGUGCGCCGCUGGGCGAGCGAGGAGUGCGGCAUUCCCGAGGAGGAGGUGCGGGGGUUCAGGAACCCGUACCUGCAAACCAACCCGACUGUGCGCGAGGUGCUGCACGACAACGGCUUCCUUUUCGACAGCACGCUCAUGGAGAACGACGUAUCUAUCUCCGACUCCAUGCACAACCGCGUGUGGCCCUACACGCUCGACUUUGGGAUUGCCCAAAACUGUGACUGGUUUUCGCCCGCCCAGACCUGCAACAGCGAGGAGCGCUAUCCGGGCAUGUGGGAGGUGCCACUGUAUAUUAUGUCUGGCAAGGGCGUCUACACAAUGGACUACGGCUCGGACAACAGGCACUCCCUUUACGACAUCUUGAUGACCAACUUUGAGGAGACGUACUACGGCAACCGCGCCCCCUUCCCCAUCUACAUCCACACCCCCUGGUUCAACGACGACCGCAUCGCCGACCUGCAGAAGUUUGCAGACUACACCAUGGAGCUGGGGGACGUCUACUGGGUGACCAUGAGCCAGCUGAUCGAGUGGAUGAGGAACCCAAUCCCCGCCUCGGAGUUGCGCCGCAGCGGCGCCAUGUGCGGCAUGAACCCGUCUCCGCCGCCGCCUCGCCCCAUGCCGCGGGCAGGCAUCAAAAUCACGAUCACCUUCAAGGGCGCCUCCCAGGAGCAGGUUGCGUCCCAGUAUGCGCUGGUGGUGGAGGCUGUGAGCCGGCUGCUGGCCAUCAACGCCAGCAGCACGUUUGUGGCAGACAUCCACUCGGUUCCAGGCUCCCCUGCCGCAGCGCCAGCCCCCGCGCCCGUCCCGGCCCCGGCCCCGGCCCCGCAGCUCGCCCCCGGCGCCGCCCCAGCUCCGGCCGGCGGCGACGAUGCCUCCACGCGCCGCCGCAGGCUGCUGGGCAAGGCCGCCGCGGAGGCUGCGCAGCAGGGAGGCUGCUUUGACGACGCCUCCUUCCUGCAGUACGAGGCGGAGGCGCAUGCGGCUAGCAGCAGCAGCUCCCAGACCCCCAGCAAGGGCUCUGGCACCGUGGCUGCCAAGGACAUUAAGGAGGCACCCUCCGACCUCCAGGUCACUCUGGUGUCGGCUGGCACCGACCCGAUCCGCCUCUACACCACCGCCACGCAGGCGCUCGCCAGGCAAGCCGGCCCGCGGGCACACAGCAUGGUGCUUCUCAUGCCCCGCCUGCUCGUGCCAGCGCAGAGCAGCACGACCCCGCUGGCCCUGCCUGCUGGGCUGUCUGCUCUCAACCUGAACAUGAACGGCACCCCAGUGAUUGUUCCCUUCAAGGUACUGCCGCAGCGGUACGACGGUGACGACGAAGGAGGCGCCGCCCCUGUCGCCGACGGCAGCAGCACUGGCAGCAGCUCCUCUGGCGACAGCGAGGUGCUGGCCCUGUGGGCCAUCAUCGUCAUCGCUGCUGGCGGCGGCUGCCUGCUGCUGGUCUCGGUGGCAGCCGUGCUCGCCCGCCGGAAGCGCCGUGCCGUCAUGCUGGAUGCACCAGCAACAUUCAACCCCACCUACUCAGCUGCCAGCCUCAAGGAGUCGGAGGAUGCCAGCAAGCACACCGUCAUCUCCUUGGAUGCCAGCACGCAGCAGUAG